CUCUGGGCCAAGUGAGAGGGGGGGGGUCUCUGGAGGCCGUGGGGGCCUCCCUGGAGAUCUGGGCGGCACCUCGGGCCAGGGGCGCCUCCAGCAGCACCCGAGGGGUGGGCCUGCGGUGGUGCUGUGCCGAUGCCCGGUGCGGAGGGUGCACGCCCGGCAGGCCGGGCCGGGCUUGGUGGCUUGCGCUCGGCGGCCCCCGGGGCGAGGACACAGCGAGCCUCAAGCCCGCCUCGGCCCGUGGCGCAUCUGCCCGGCAGCGCCCUGCACGGGCGCCUGGACCGCGGCGCGCGGAGCGGCCGCGAGCCCAGGGCCUCACGCCUCGUCCCCCCCCCCGGGCCUCUCCGAUUGGUGCUUUCCGCCUGCUCGUUUCCGCUCGCCGGCCUUUAUAUGUACACCCGGCAGGCCGGGCUGGGCUUGGUGGCUUGCGCAGCGAGCGCGCGCCUCCUCGCGGCGAGGGCCGCGCGAGCCUCAAGCCCGCCUCGGCCUGCGGCGCAUCGGCCCGGCAGCGCCGCCAGCGCGCGCGCGCGACCUCGCCCUCGACGGCGGCGCGCGCGGGCGGUCGCUCUCCGCCUCCCCGUUCCGCUCUUCCGCUUUCCCUCUCACGAGGUCUCACGCUUCCUCCCUCCGGGCCUCUCCGAUUGAUACUUUUCGCCUGUUCGUUUGCUGUCGCCGGCCUUCAGAUGUACGCCUGGCAGGCCGGGCUGGGCUUGGUGGCUUGCGCUCAGCGCCUCCUAGGCGAGGACCGAGCGAGCCUCAAGCCCGCCUCGGCCUGUGGUGCAUCGGCCCGGCAGCGCCCCGCACGGGCGCCCGGACCGCGGCGCGCGGAGCGGCCGCUCUCCGCCUCACCUUCUCGCACUCCUGCUUCUCACCUCGGGCCGCCAUUUUUCUUGAGGCUUCCGCGGGGGAGAACCCGCCGGCCUCGACCUGAGCACUCUGCUGCCGCCGAAAAGCUACCAGGCGAGGGGGCCACCUCGCGCUCGCGCUUGCCGUCGUCCUCGCGGGGGUGGGGCCCUCGCCGCGGCAUGGGCCUGGCGCGGCUCGAAACGCUGGAUUCGGCGUUGCCUGGGAGGUCUCCACGGGAUCACCCCGAGCGGACCCCUGCCUGGAGCAAGCGCACGGAUUGCCCGUGGCGCGCUUGACCAGGCAGGGAGGGCUGGGGCCGCCCGCCUCCUAGGCGAGGACCGAGCGAGCCUCAAGCCCGCCUCGGCCUGCGGCGCAUCGGCCCGGCAGCGCCGCCCACGCACGCCCGAGCUUCUCGAGGUCGGCGCGUGCGCGGCGGCCGCUCUCCGCCGCCCUGUCCCGCCUGCCGCUUCCCU